AUGGAGGUGAGCAGAGCAGCCAUGCAGAACAGCUGGACAAAGAGGAGACACAUCCUGACACGGCUGCUCCUGCUGCUCUUACUGCCGCACCGUGUUGUUUCCAGACUUCAGCAGAAAAGGUGUUGCUGGGAUUUGUAUCUGAAAGGAGCAUCCAACUAUUAUCGGCCAGGAGAUUACCUUAUCAGUGGGCUUCUGUCUUCACAAUAUUUUGAGCAUCAGCAGCCCUAUGACUUCUAUGAGUCCCCCUUCAACCGAGUUGAGAGUUUGCUACUUGUGAGGUACUGGCGCAUGUUGUCCUUCUUAUUUUCCAUCCAUGAGAUCAACCAGAACCCCAGGCUCUUAUCCAACAUCAGCCUGGGCUACGACAUCUAUGAGAGCCAUUUUGAUGGAAGAACAACUUCCUAUGCCAUGCUAGGCCUUCCUGCUGGUGGGGGAAGCCACAUUCCCAACUUUAUCUGUGGGAAGAGGAAGAACCUGCUGGCCAUUCUCGAAGGAACUGAAUUGGAUGUUUCCACCCUUAUUUCAGCCAUGUCAGGCAUCUACAAGAUUCCUCAGGUGGUGCCUCCUUCCAGGUGUGUGGCAAGCUGUCAGCCAGGAUACACCAAGGAGGUUCAGGAAGGGAAGUCACCCUGCUGCUAUGCAUGCGCUCCAUGUGCAGAAGGGACCAUCUCUACUCAGGAAGAUGCAGAGCAUUGCAAAAGGUGUCCAGCAGAUCAGCACCCAAACAAAGGCCAAGAUCUAUGCAUCCCCAGGGAGAUAACCUUCCUCUCCUAUGAAGAACCUUUGGGUAUCCUUCUGACUUUUUUUGCCCUCAUCUCUUCUUUGACCACAGGGUUUGUGUUAGGAAUCUUCAUCAAAUUCCUAGAAACUCCAAUAGUCAAGGUCAACAAUCAGGACCUCUCCUAUGUCCUCCUGGUUUCCCUCCUACUUUCCUUCCUGUCCUCCCUCCUUUUCAUUGGGCAGCCAAGCAAAGCAACUUGCCUGCUGCGACAAACAGCCUUCAGCAUCAUCUUCUCAGUGGCUGUGUCUUCUGUGCUGGCCAAGACUAUCACUGUGGUGCUGGCCUUCCUGGCCACCAAGCCUGGGAAUAGAGUGAAGAGAUGGCUGGGGAAAAGUUUUGCACGCUCCAUUGUAAUUUCCUGUUCCAGUGUACAGGUGGCUAUCUGCUUCAUCUGGCUGGGUAUGGCUCCACCUUUCCCUGAUGCUGACAAGCAUACCUUGCCUGAAGAGAUAAUUCUGCAAUGCAGUGAAGGUUCUGUGACCAUGUUUUACACAGCCAUUGGCUACAUGGGCUUACUGGCUGCCAUCUGCUUCACAGUGGCUUUCCUUGCCAGGAAACUUCCAGGGGCCUUCAACGAAGCCAAGCUGAUCACCUUCAGCAUGCUGGUCUUCUUCAGUGUCUGGGUGUCCUUCGUGCCCUCCUACCUGAGCACCAAGGGGAAGUACAUGGUAUCAGUGCAGGUCUUCUCCAUCCUGGCCUCCAGUGCUGGGUUACUUGGCUGCAUUUUCUUUCCCAAGUGCUACAUUAUUGUCCUGAGGCCUGAUCUGAAUACAAAGCAGCAUCUCACAAUCAAAACUAAAGAUGGCACUUGA